GCUGCAGCGUGUCUCGGGCUUUGGGCACACAGCUGCUAUCGAGACCAGCUGGGUCACGCAGCUUUCGGUGCCAACGAUCAGUUUCCCGUAGCUGUCCUUCUUCAGCAUUUCAACCUCGGCUACUUCCUCUACGACACAGUGCACGUGGCCGUGUGGGACCAGAAGUUCAUGGAGCACCAUUUGAUCGCCAUUGCUGGCUAUGCUACCAGCGAGAUUGCGAAUGUUUUUGGCCUGGCCAACGCGGUGAACACCUGGAUCACCGAGGUGGGCUCGGUGAUGUACUCUGCAUAUCUCCUAAAGAGGACGGAUGGGCUCUACCUGGCCUUUGUCCUGCUGUACACCGCCUCGCGGGUGUACUUUGCUUACUGGAGUUUCUACAUCCUGGGGCAGGUGUGGCGGGUGCUUCAGGAGGGCCCGGGCGACUACACCAUGCCUGGAUGGGCGCCCUACUGCGCUGCAACCUUACAGAUUGCCUUGUUCUUGGUGAAUGCCUCCUUCGUGGCCACACACUGGCAGAAGCUCCUGCGCAGGCAGCCCAAGACGGAGCCUGAAAAGAAGGAGGAGUGA